AGGUGGAGCUCUUCGAGAGUGAGCGUCGAACUAGUGUGGCAUCAGUCGUGCCGAAUGAGAUGGAGCUGCCAAGCGCCUGAGUAGCAAUGGUUGGGGAGCAGACGAGCUAUGCAUGUGUGAAGCUGAUGGGUAUGCAUGCAUCAGAACAUGGGACUGAGGCAGACUGCAGGGGCACUAGUAGUAAAUAAAAAAUGAAUCUACUUUGGGCUGGGGGGCCAUGGCCCCCUCAGGUUUGUACAUAGCUCCGCCAUUGAACACGACCCCCGUCCCUGCAGCGGCUUUGCCGGGGAGCAUGGCGCUCUACGCGGUGGUGCCAGACUCCCAGAUACGGGACGCAACCGUGGAGAGGUUCCUCAAAGAGAUCGCCGGGGAGAAGCCCAUCCGGUUCACCCCGCAGCAGCUCUCGGGCUUCACAGACAACUAUUCCACCCGACUCGGCGCCGUCUACAUGGGCAUGCUGCCCAACGGCCUCGCGGUCGCCGUGAAGCGCCUCCACCCGGGCCAAGACGACAGGACCUCGCAGGAGCAGUUCAUGGCGGAGGUGGGCACCAUCGGGAGGACGCACCACAUCAACCUGGUCAGGCUCGGCUUCUGCUACGACGCCGACAUGGUACACAUCCUACAAAGUGGUCUCCUCCACCCGUUGGUUGGGUCAAACUUAAUACGGACGGAGGACGGUAAAGCUGGAGCUGGUAUGGUGCUUCGUGAUGAUCGCGGUGGCAUAUUUCCUUCACGCGGCAAUAUCAUCUAUUCAUCCUGCAGGGAACACUUCUCAUGUCGAGAUGCCUUAGAAGCAGAAAUAAGUGCAUGCAUGGAGGGUUUAUCUCUAGCCAUUCAGCGUUCGGAUCUCCCAAUUUGCAUUGAAAUGGAUUCGAUACUAGCGGUGAACAUGUUGAAUGACAGUGGCGUGAACAGGUCUGUUUAUGCGGCGCUGGUGCAGGAGAUCAUGCAUUUGAAGUCUCUUCGUAUGACUCAUAUUACUCAUAUCAAUCGUGGUCAAAACUAUCAGCAGCCGGAGGCGAGGCCACCGAUGGGUGUGGUGGUGAAGAUGCUUGAGGGCGAGAAGGACAUUGCUCCGCCGGCGAACCCGUUCCAGCAUCUCAUGGCAGCGCAGGCGGCGGCAAAUCGGUGGACCACGGUGACGAGCUCCGUGAACACGGCGUCGACUCCCGCAAAUGGUGUUUCUCGUGGUAGCAACGAGAUUGUUUAA